AUGUCACACAUCGACUACGCCCUCUUCGAGGCCCCCGUCGGCUAUGCCGUCUUCAAGAUCGUCCACCAGGCCGACGCCGUGGGCCUCAAGCUGAAGGAGGUCCAGCAGGCCUCGGUCGACCUCGCCAAGUUUGGCAAGAUGGUCAAGCUCAUGAACUUUACUCCCUUUGACGGCCACGCCGACGCCAUCCACAACAUCAACGAGGUGUCCGAAGGCAUCUGCACCGACUUCCUCAAGUCCGUCCUCGAGCUCAACCUCCCCAAGACGAGCGGCAAGAAGAGCAAGGUCGUCUUGGGCGUCACGGAGAAGAACCUGGCCGGUGCCAUCAAGGCCGAGUUCCCCGGCCUCGAGUGCGAGACGGCCGACACCAACCAGAUCGUGGCCGACGUCAUCCGCGGCAUCCGUCUACACGCCGAGAAGCUCAUCGACGGCCUCAGCGCCGGCGACAUCGAAAAGGCCUGCCUCGGCAUGGCGCACGCCUACUCGCGCGCCAAGGUCAAGUUCAGCGCGACGCGCAACGACAACCACAUCAUCCAGGCCAGCGCCAUCAUCGACACCCAGGACAAGAGCCUCAACCAGUUCCUCAUGCGCGUCAGGGAGUGGUACGGCUGGCACUUUCCCGAGCUCGUCAAGAUUGUCUCGGACAACCUGACGUACGCCAAGCUCGUCCUGGCCAUCGGCAACAAGAAGACGUUGACCGACGACAAGGUCCACGAGCUCGCCGCCCUGCUCGAGGAGGAUGGGAACAAGGCCCAGGCCAUCGUCGACGCCGCCAAGGUGUCCAUGGGAACCGACGUCUCGGACGAGGAUCUCCAGAUCAUGCUCGGCCUCACCCGCAACGUCGUCAAGCAGGCCGAGAACCGGCAGCUGACGUCGAGCUACCUCAACAGCAAGAUGGGAUCGGUCGCGCCCAACCUGCAGGCCCUCAUCGGCACCACCGUCGGCGCCCGCCUCAUCUCGCAGGCCGGCUCCCUCAACAGCCUGUCCAAGGCGCCCGCCUCGACGCUGCAGAUCAUGGGCGCCGAGAAGGCCCUGUUCCGCGCGCUCAAGAGCAAGAGCAACACGCCCAAGUACGGCAUCAUCUAUCACAGCAGCUUCAUCGGCAAGGCCUCGGCCCGCGACAAGGGCCGCAUAUCGAGGUACGUCGCCAACAAGUGCAGCAUGGCCUGCCGCAUCGACAACUUCUCCAUGGAGCCGACGACGCGCUUCGGCGAGGCGUUCAAGGAGCAGGUCAACGACCGCCUCGAGUUCUACGCCACGGGCAAGAAGCCCUCCAAGAACGCCGACGUCAUGAAGGCCGUCAUCGCUCGGACGGAUGCCGAGAAGGAGGACGACGAGAUGGUCGACGCUCCCGAGCCCGCGUCGGCGAAGAAGGCGAAGAAGGAGAAGAAGGAGAAGAAGGAAAAGUCCAAGGACAAGAAGCGCAAGCGCGACGAGGAAGAGGCCGCCCCGACGCCCGUCAAGGACGACGACGGCGAGAAGAAGAAGAAGAAGAAGCGCAAGUCCAAGGCGGCUGAUGACGAGUAG